UUAGACUUUAAUAUUCCAAAUACAAAAUUUUUUAAUUACAAAAAAUUAAAUUUAAAUUCUCGAUUCUCAAUAUGUCAUAAGAAUAUUGGGAAUUCACCUUGGGUCUCUAUGCCAGUGUUGAGAUGAAAAUUAAAUUAGUCAUAUAUGACACACAUUGCCUUCCAGAUUUUUCUCAAUCUCGCCUGCUAUUCUCUGCUGUAUAUCCAUUCCACAUUUUCUAUACAAUAAGGUUAUAAGCCAACGUAAAAAACACAUUUAAAUCAAUCUUUUGUGCCAUACUUUGAUUUGAUUUAAGAGUGAGAGAGUGUUUCCGUCUCUGUCAAUUUAUAAUGAUGGGAACUUGCGCCAAUCGGCGUUUAGUGUUUACCUUAGUAACUGCUGCUUCCUCAAUUGAGGCGCUAGAAACAAAACGUUGUCGCACCUCAGCUUAGUUGGAGCUUAUGUCACGGCUGCGCAACAGCCACAGAGUGGCAGCAGCAAGUGGAGCUCAAAUGCGACUCAAAUUAUCACAGCCAAGAGGCAGCGAAGCGGCGACUAGCAAAAAUUACGGACGUGCCGUAACUAACCAAGACGCCGUCAGUCGAAAUGGAUUUCAAAUCUGCGACAGCUACACAACGGAGCAGACGCGGCCAGCCGGAAGCAUGCAGUUCCUAUAUUUGAUUAUAUCGUGCCUCAUCCUGUCCAGUUGCGUGGCAGGCGAGUCCGAAGAGACGCAGCAUGAUGGUAGAGGCGCCACAGCUUCAAGCAGCCACAAGCAGCAGAAAAACAAUCAAGGAUUCCGUCUCAUAUCCUUCGAUAGCGUUGACAAAGACCUGGCGCUGGGUCUGAACUAUCUGAUGCCAUUUGUGGAGGUGCCGAUCAAACGCAAACCCAAUGCACCGCCUCGACCACUGGUUAUCGUCAACUCUGCUGCCAUCCUGAGCUGUGGCCUGGUGGCCGCUGGCGGCUUCGCAGUGGGUCAUCUCAUACGCAGCAUGGGCCUGGAGACAAUAGUGCCGGCUGGCAAGAGCGAGGCUUCCGGUGAGCACGCAGAGCGCCGCCUGCUCGAUGAGGAGCAAAGUUUCCUGCAGCUCUUCGAUAACUUUAAGCUGAUUUAUCGCAAUGCCAGCGGCGAAAAAGUGGAGACUGGGUUGCCCAGCCUGCUGAGCACCAUCGAACGCACCUUUCUGGAGAACGACAUCAAUCUGCCCGUGUGCCUGCUCAAAUCCAUUUGCACGCUGACCCACAGAGCGGGCGAGAGUGUGCGCAGUGGCCAGGCCUCCGACUUGGAGCUGAUGGUUGAUGGUGCCGUCAACUGGUCCUGGCUGCUCUCCUGGCUGGAGCAAUCGGCACUGCGUCAGGCCAUCGAAGCGGGCCGCAUAGCCAAUCCGCACUACUGCACAUACAAAUAUCCGCAGUGCAAGUGGAAGGCGCCCGAGGAGCAGCUGCUCGAGCUGCUGCUGAAUAAUGUGCGAUUCAAGUGAGGUGAGCUCAGAUGGAGCAUAGCCAAUCCGCACUACUGCACAUACAAAUAUCCGCAGUGCAAGUGGAAGGCGCCCGAGGAGCAGCUGCUCGAGCUGCUGCAGAAUAAUGUGCGAUUCAAGUGAGGUGAACUCAGAUGGAAUUUGGAUGAAGUUUUAGACACAAUGAAAGUUAAGUUUCCCAAGUAUUUUCCAAUUUAAAACAAUUCUUUCUAGCUCUGAAAAAAAUCUCAAAAUUAUUUCCCAAUUAAAAGUAAAAACGUUUUGUACGGCAUCUUGAAACGAA